AUGGAUAUUGCAGCUGAUUCAUGCAAAAGCUUUCUGGAUCAAUUCCUGCAGGAAAGGGAGCCAACUGCUCUGGCAGAGGGUGGAAUCAUGGCCAUAAUAAAUCCACAUGACACCUUGAUGAAUUGGUUCCUGAAUGAACAGGAACCAACUGCUCCCCCAGUGGAUGGAUAUGAGGGAACCAACACCUCCCCUGCUCAUUUCAAAUGUGAACUUCCAUCUGAACAGCAAUCUCUUCAAAUGGAACAAUGGGGAUUGGCACCUGUUUUGCAUUGCAAUCAAGUCCUGCACACUUACAUGCCAUGGCACCUUGUGUGGGCUGUGAAUGCCAUUUCUGUGGUAGAGAUGGGCAUCCUCAACUUGGUGUGCCAGAUUGAGGUGGCCUCUGUACUUUUGAAGCAGACUGCUGAUAUGGUGGGAUGGCCCACACAUUGGUUUGCAAACCUAGCAAUGGACUUGAAUCAGCUUAAUAGCUUGAUUCUGGUGACAGUGUCCCAUGCCAGUUAUACUCUUCCCCUCCCACUAAUUCCCCUUAGUACAUUUUGCAUAAUCAACAAUAUCAGUGCCAUUGACCUGCAUUGGACCCCACACACAGCUGAUCCCAACUCUGGCUUUGCAUUCCCUUGGUGGCUAUAUCAUUCCAAGGAAUAUGCAGUGGAUUCCCAAAGAUUGCAAGGCAAGGGAUUGUUUUCUGUGGCCUGGGAUUUUUUUAAGUUGAUGAUGGCCCAGGACUUAUGGCGAUUGCCUGAGGCACCAAUUGCAAACUGUCUCAAUGGCCAUAUUGAGGAGCAGGUGGUGGGCAUUGCAUGGGUUGUUGGGUGCUGCUUCAAUAGUUUACAUGUUUUUGACUGUGGAGUUGGUUUUUAUGAUGCACACCCUUUAGCUCUGAGUAUGUGCCCAAUCUAUGAUGUCUAA